AUGGCGUCUCCAAAUAUGAGCAGUGCUGGAACAAGUGCUAGUGUAGGAUCUGCAGCCACAAACACAACUGACAUCAAGGCUCCACUUUGGGAUCAUGUAACCAUUCUGGAGAAGCCUAGAACUGGUGGAGGAAAUGCUAUGUGGCGCUGCAAGUACUGUCCAAUGCAAAAACUGAGUAGUUACACUAGAGUUGAAGCUCAUUUGCUGCAGAAGGGAGGAACGGGAAUAGGUAAAUGUCCUAAUGUUACAUAUGAAAUGCUUAGUGAAAUGAGGAAGGAAAUUGAAAGGUGCAAGAAUCUGGUGGAAAGAUCCAAGUCAAGAACUGUUUCUUUGCCUAUUGCUCCUUCCUCAAGCAAUACUGCUGACUGCAACAAGAGGAACAAGAGGGGGCCUGUUUCUGCAUUGGAAAAAGCUUGGGCAUUAGAAGACCGUAAGCACUUGGAUGCUUUAAUUAGUAGAGCAAUUUAUUCUGGAGGGGUAUCUUUUAAUUUUCUGAGAAAUCCAUAUCUUCGAGAAGCCUUUACCUUUGCUUGCAGCCGCAACAUGCAAGGUUAUGUGAUUCCUGGUUACAACAGAGUUAGGGAGGGGCUUCUGAAGCAAGAAAGGAGGCACAUAGAGACCUUGUUGGAGAGCACAAAGAGCACAUGGGCAGAGAAGGGAGUCACAAUCUGCUCUGAUGGUUGGUCAGAUCCUCAGAGGCGACCAAUCAUCAAUUUUAGAACAUGCUGGCUGCUGCUGCAUGAACUUGCUGGCUGCUGCAUCAAUUUCAGAGUUCAGAGUUCAGAGUUCAGACAAUAG